ACAAAGUCCCUUCUCUCAACCCAAAUUAUUAGUAAUUCAAAUAGCGCGCUUCUAAUUUUUGAGUCAUAGAUUGAACCUAAUAAUCAACUGUGAAUUUACCAGGAAUUUUGCUGUGAUACGAGCUGAUUUAUCAUUGCAAUUCAAUCAUGUAAUUUCAAUGAGUUUUGAAACACAAUAACUAUUAUACACCUAACUUUAUUGAGUUUCAUUUUUUUCUUUAAUAUAUUUUUAUUUUGAGAUCAAUUAAUUUGUUGUAAUUGUAUUGUUGUAUUGUUUGUAAAUACAUCACUUGUUAUCAUAAUUGGUAGUUUACCAAUUUCAUUUUUCACAGACGAACCAGUGUAACGAUUAAAUUGUGAAUGUGCCAUUAAGAUGGAGUGCCCAACGAUUAUUACUAAUUUAUUAAACUACGGAGUAUUACCAGAAAAAUGGUCUGAUUUAUCCGUUUUACUCAAUGAAACAAUCAUUUCACUUGAGCAAUUGCUCCUGUCAUCCAAUUUAAAAGAGCUGUCAAUUGAUGUCAAAGAGGAUUAUCCAUUUUCUAGUGAUAGAGAUGCUGUUAUUGAAAAAACUAAAUUAUCAGUUAUUAGUGAAACGCUGGAUUCAUUGAAAUUAUUGUACAAUAAUCUUGAAAGGCGCAAUGGUAUACAUAUCAAAUCAUUUGAACUUACAAAACGAGAAAUAGAUAGCAACCUAAGAAAGCGGUUGAAACAACUUAUAAAAAAUUGUUAUGACACUUUUGCAUCACUAAAUAACGGUGCUAAAUCUCCGUAUGACUUGGAAGCCAUUCUGGAUCCUGAUUAUUUUAAACAAUCAUUAAAAACCCAUCCAACUAACGAUCUUCAUGGUAGAGCUAUCUUAUUUAUCAAACUUGCUCAAAGUGAAUUAGAAAUUAUCAAAGAAUCUUCUGAAACAAAUGAAAUGCAAAAAGUUAUUUUGACAUCUUAUCUGGAUAAGUUGAAAACAUUAAAUGAUCCAAUAACCUCAACAUCAUUGGUGACUACAACAUCUUCAUCCAAGAAAAAGUCAAAGUCAUCUAAAUCCAAUGAGAUCGACAAGAUUUGUGAAAUUAUGAGAAAAUGUCAACGACUAAUCAAAGACGUUUAUGGGUUGAUGCAGUUUUCAAACUUCAAAGAUUAUUUAAAUGAAAGUGAUGAAAUUUUCAAUGUGAUAAAUGAAAAAGGCUGUGAUGCUAUUUCUGAUGUUUGUGAAUUCAUAGAAAAGAUAAAAGCUGAUUGGAUUGAAAGGGACAGUGAAAACAUGACUCGAGCAACGAUUCGAAGUAUUGUAUUAAGAAGAUUGAAUGUAAACUUAAAACUAACAAAAAAGUUUGGUUUAUGUAAAGAUGACUUGGGAUCAUCAAAUAUGAUCCUUGGACUUAAAAACAUAACAACUGAUAUUUUACAUAUCGACGUUUCAUUCGGAGACAUCUACAAUGGAGCGUACUUCUUAACAUUCAGUCGCUCACCUGGUACUAAGCCAAGAAUUGAUGUGCCUUCAAAUUUUUUCCGAGUGGAUCCAGUCUAUGAGGAAAUCUAUGAACAACCUCUUAAUGCAUUUUUUAUUGUUUAUUUUCAUAUACUUAAGUAUUAUCAGUUCUUGGAAUCAUUAGAUUGGAAUCCAUUUCAGUAUCGCAAACCAUGGAAACUUAUUGAUUAUUUGUGUGACAUGCAAUGGGAUAUUGAAGUUAUAUUUGAUUUGAAUCUAAACCAAGAUGAAUCUUAUCAAAUAUCUUUAGACUACGCUGAUCAUUACCUAAUGACAAAACAAAAGAUACAUUAUGAUAGAGAAACUUUAGAGUACAGAUUUGAUCGUUUCAAGCCACUCAAGCCAUACAAAUUCCCGAUGAUACAUAAAAUUUUGGGUUUUCAGCAAAAAUUUGGAAGCACACACGUUCUGUGCGAUCAAUUGACUGACAGAUUCGAUGGUUUAAUUAGUCAACUCAAUCGUAAAGUUACAAAUAGAGGACAACUAAUUAUAUUCGAAAGAGCAAUGGCCAUGAUGACGCGAUCUAUAUAUUUAUUCAGGAUUAUGCGAUACGAUGUCUACCCUCAUGAUGCAGAUACAUUCAACAAACUGAUUAGAAUUACCUGCUUCUGCUCUCUAAAUACUUUAUAUUUGAUUGAUUUAAUGUGUUCAUGAUCUGUUCAUGGCAUAUUCAAACCAUAUGAAUUUUAAUAAAAAAUAGAUCAAAAUAUGUUCAUUCAAAGCUUAGAUUUGAAACAAUUAAUUGAUAAUCUCGAAGCAAAGCUGGAAGAUUAUUUUUGUUUAGAGCUGUAAAACAUGUUCUUGUUUGUUUGCUCAAGAAUUAGUUUGGUGAACGGACACU